GCAAGCUUCACGAGUAAUUAGCGCGCGCGGGUCAGAGGUGCGACACAACAUGCCUCCACUGGAGAAAACCCAGCAUCCCAAACCUUUCAAACAGAGGAAGAGUUUAGAUUAUGUAUCAGCAACGAGGAAACAAGAGGUGGCGGGAAUCCGAACUAAGUUUCCGACUAAAAUCCCGGUGAUUAUCGAGCGAUAUCAGAGAGAGAAGUACCUGCCGCCGCUGGAUAAGACCAAGUUCCUCGUGCCUCAGGAGCUCACUAUGAGUCAGUUCGUGACCAUCAUCAGGAAUCGAAUGACCCUGAUGCCCACUCAAGCUUUCUACCUGCUGAUCAAUAACUCCGGCAUCGCCAGCAUGUCUCUGACCAUGGCUCAGCUCUAUAAAGACCAUAGAGAUGAAGACGGCUUCCUCUACAUGACGUACGCCUCACAGGAGAUGUUCGGACACUGUAAUAAUAACCGGUGACGUCGUCGGCGGGUCCAAGAGGUCUUAUUUAUUUCACUGAACUGUGAUUAAAUAUUUAAGUCUUUGUAUAUAAUGUUAGCUUUUUAGAUAUACUAUUAUUUUCUAAUGUAUGUUUUAAUGGAGUAAUAAAAUGUCUUUAAUUGGUGCAUCGGUCACUAGAGAGAGACGUCUGUUCAUUCAUGUGCUGCAGAAGCGUCCUCAAAUAUGCCCGACUAAUAAAACUGAAUGUCAAUCAUUUAUUGGUUAAUCAUGUGGUGAUAGAAAAUAAAGGAUAUUGUUUGUUUGAUGCUGCA